UUUAACGCCCACGCAAUAGCUCCACAUGGCCACAAACAAGGUAAAGUACAAGACAGGUACAUGCUUGUUGCUGCUGAUUGGAAUUCCUGGAUGUGGAAAAACUACAUUUUCAAGAUUUUUGGCAGCUCAUAUGAGAUCUGCAGCUCAGUUCCAAUGGAUUCCAGUAGUCGUUCAUUUUGACGACUUUUAUCCACCGGAUCAGCGACAACACAACAAAAAAUAUGACAAGACACACUUUGUAAUGAAGGAUGCCCGUCUUAAAAUUUUGACGUGCAUUGAAAAUUUUAUCACUCUGAACAAUUUAAGAGCUCCAACCGUUUCCAGUGAGUCCUCACAGUCUAGUCAGAUUGCAGAGGCACCUCCAUCAGCAGAUAGCAGUACUGCAGAUUGUUUUGAAUUUGAAUGGAGAAUAUUGAUUGAUUCCAUUAGAGAACAGCUGAUCCAUUCUCAAGUUAGAGUUGAUAGAGAUGGAAGAAUGAUCUCUGAGGAUUGCUCAAGAACAGUUGUUUUAUUCCUGGAUGACAAUAUGCCAUUGAAGAGUAUGAGAUACGAAUACUAUCAACUUGCCAGAAAGUACGGAAUCGGGUUUGCUCAAGUUUGUGUGCAAUGCUCCAGUGAAGUCGCUAAAUUGCGGAAUCUACAUCGUCCAUAUCCAAUACCUGAUUCCACUAUUGAGCACAUGGAACGGAGUAUGGAAUAUCCGGAACCAGACCAGAAUCACUGGGAGAAACUGAGCAUCUGUAUCAACAGUGAUGGAGAUAUCACAAUAUUUACGCAAGAAGGAUGUGGCAAGGUACUGCCUCUGAUUGUGGAAGCACUGUGUACACCAGUGACACCACUGCCUCAACUAGAUGCUGCAUUAAGGAAAUCUUGUCAACUUGCAAAUAUUGACAGCUAUGUGCAUCAAGCUGACAAGGUGCUUCGAAAGUGUGUCUCAAGGCAAUUCAAGAUGCAUGCUCCAGGUGGAGCCAUCUCCCGGGAAGAUAGAGCCAAGUUAGCCAAAGAUACCAAUAAUGUCCGUAAGAAGAUUUUGGAGGAGCUGAGAAAUGGUGGAAUGUGUGGCAGUCAACUGGACCCCAGUGCAAUAGGGCACCCACUAGAGGACAAGUUUAAAGAAUUAGUUGAUGGAUACUUUACCAAACUGUUAACUGAACAUUAAUUAGGUGGUCACCACAAUAAUUAUUUGUUUAGUAGUACUGUAAUUUAUAGUAUCUAUGGUGGUGCAAUGUUAUUAACACAAAGACAUAACUUGUUAAUAAUUGUAUAUA